AUGGCGGCGGAGCCGGUGAAGGUGGCCGUGCGCUGCCGGCCGCUGAGCGGGCGGGAGGCGGCCCUGGGCCACCGGGCCAUUGUCCAUGGUGGCGUGGACAGCUCACGGGGCCGGUGCCUGGUGCGGAACCCCGCGGCCCCCGCCCAGCCCCCCCGGCCGUUCUCCUUGGACGGGGCCUUCGGCGGAGAGCACAGCACCGAGCGCAUCUACAGCGAGAUCGCCUACGAGCGCAUCUACAGCGAGAUCGCCUACCCCCUGGUGGAGGGUGCCAUGGAAGGCUACAAUGGCACCAUCUUUGCCUGUGGCCAGACUGGCAGUGGGAAGUCCUUCACCAUGCAGGGAGUUGCAGAUUCUUCCUCACAGAAAGGGACCAUUCCCAGGGCGUUUGAACACAUCUUUGAGAGUGUACAGUGUGCUGAAAACACCAAGCUCCUGCUGGGAGCCUCCUGCCUGGAGAUCUACAGAGAGGACAUAGGAGACCUUCUAGGAGCUGACACCAAGCAGAAGCUGGAGGGGCUGCAGGAACAGAGCAGCGGCUUCACCCUCAUGAACAAGAGCUCCUCCUGCUCCCACUCCAUCUUCACUGUCUGUGUGGAAAUCUGCGCUCUUAAUGAGCAAGGGCAGGAUCACCUCAGGGCUGCCAAACUCAACUUGGUGCAUCUGGCAGGAAGUGAGAGACAGGCAAGGACUGGUGCCACAGGGGAGAGGCUCAAAGAGGCCACCAAAAUCAACCUGUCCCUGUCUGCCCUGGGCAACGUCAUCUCAGCCCUGGUGGAUGGCAGGUGCAGACACAUUCCCUACAGACUCCAAGCUCUCUGGAGCCCCGGGCUGGCAGCAUUUUGGCAGCGAGUGCUGUUUGAAGGAGCACAGGGGUUGCCAUGGCUUCUACCUGCUGGGGCUGCUCACCUGGGAGCAAAUCCAGCUCCCUACCUCAAACCCCAGGUGGAUCUGGAAGCAGAGAAGCAGCUGAUCACAGAAGAGUUCCAGGAGAGGCUGGCCCAGCUCCAGGCCAGCUACCAAGCAGAGCAGGCAUCCCGUGCCCCCCUGGAGAAGGACAGCAGCAGCCUGAGGGGUGACUUUGAUCUCAAGGUGUCUGUUCAGCAUCUCCUCAGGAAGGAAGCAGCUGCCACAUGGACUAGAACAAUCUCUCACCACACACCUUCACAUGAAGAUGCUGUUGCUGCAGCACAUAAAGAGCCAACCUCAGCCCAGGACCCAGCAGCACCAGGGACUGUCACAGACACCAGUGGGGUGAGCAGGGGCAGUGUUGGAGCAGUGGGAGCUGUCCCUGCCCCGGGGAUUUCCCUGCCUGCAGAGCAGCAGCUGGUGCUGGCCAGAAAAUCUUCUCAUAAUUCCCAUUUUUCUGUCUUCCCAAAUGUCACCUGUGGAAGGUCAUGCCUCCUCCAUGCUUGUGGAGCUGUUCUUGAGCUCGGUGCUCCCUUCUGCAGGUGCUGCAGCAGCGGCUGCUGGGGGAGAGCAGGCUCAGAACCAGGACCUGCAGGAAAAGCACAAGCCCUGCAGGAAUCCAGCGAGGCCAGCAGGCUGCUCCUCAAGGUCCAUGACUCCAUCCAGGAGGAGCUUUGAGCCAAGGCACUGGAGGAGCUGCAGGAGAAGGUGAGGGAGCAGCUCCUUCCUCCUCCACACCCUCAUUUUUUGUGUUCCAGGGCUGUGGGUUUAGAGAAUGACUCUGGCUGUGUCAGGAUUUCAUACACCACGUUGUCGGUUCCAGCCCUGCCACAGCCCAAACCUGGCCGGACAAGCCCCUCGAAUGAGAGCAGGGAGCCAGCGCCCGAGGAAGACCACUCCAGGCUAGUGCUGGACAGGAGCGACAGCGAGACCAUUGCCAGCAACUGCUUCCGAUCCCGGCGAGCCAGCCAGAUCCUGCAGCUGGACCAAGAUAAUUUCCGCCUUAACCUCUUGACCUCUCGGGGGUUUCUCGCGGGACGCAGCCGCAUUUUGGGGUCCUGCGCUGCCCCACCACCCCCCUUUCGCUCCUCUCGCAGCUCCCGCGGGCUCUGCGGGCAGCACCGCGCCCCAGCCCGGCCCUUCCGCCUGCAGCCCCUGGCGCCCCGCGCCGACACCAGGCGCAGGAAGGGCAACGCCAGCUCCAGCGCCCGCCGCUUCUGA